GUAGUUGUCUCUGUGUCAAAUCCUCGGCAGGGGGUUAGCCCUGUUCCAAUUACUGGCGCUCGUAAAUCGAUUUACGAGCGAGUGAAAUAAAUAGUUAGGUUCAAUUGGUGUGUGUCAAGAAUCGAAAAGUUUCGAUACUUUGGAGAUUUAAUAUAAUUGAGAAAAAGAAGAAACGAGAGAAAAAAAGGAAUUACAUAUCAGUUUCUUCAUUUAAGAAAUUUGACAGAGAAGUUACCAAGCCAACACCAUGGCGUUCGCUGGAUUAAAAAAACAAAUCAACAAAGCUAAUCAGUAUAUGACCGAGAAGAUGGGCGGUGCCGAGGGGACUAAGCUCGAUGUCGACUUCGUCGAUAUGGAGAGGAAAACAGACGUGACUAACGAGCUGGUGGAAGAACUGCAGAUGAAAACGAAAGAAUUUCUUCAACCGAAUCCAACCGCGAGAGCAAAGAUGGCGGCGGUCAAGGGCAUUAGUAAACUCAGCGGCCAAGCAAAGGCCUCGACCUACCCUCAACCCGAAGGUGUUCUUGGCGAUUGCAUGCUCAUGUAUGGAAAAAAAUUAGGCGAGGACAGUAUUUUUGCCCAGGCUCUUAUUGAAAUGGGUGAUGCAAUGAAGCAAAUGGCUGACGUAAAAUAUUCCUUGGACGAUAAUAUAAAGCAAAACUUUUUGGAACCGUUGCAUCAUCUGCAGACCAAGGAUCUCAAGGAAGUAAUGCACCAUCGGAAGAAACUUCAGGGAAGGCGAUUGGACUUUGAUUGCAAGCGAAGACGUCAAGCAAAAGCUGUGGGAAAAAGAUCGGGAAGCCCACACUUUGGAAGUCCAGCUAAAACUGCACCCUAUGCUGGUUCUAACUUUUCAGACGACGAGGUUAAACAAGCCGAAGAAAAGUUUGUCGAGAGUCUUCAUCUCGCACAAUUGGGCAUGUUUAAUUUGCUCGAAAACGAUGUAAGUCAUGGUUAUGUCGAACAAGUGGCUCAAUUGGCGACUUUUAGCGAAGCUCUUUUAGAAUAUCAUCAACAAUGCACCGAAAUUUUGCGAGUUCUUACUGAGAAACUUUUUGAGAAGAAAGAAGAAGCAGCGGUCAGACCAAAAAUGGAAUUCGUUCCUAAGCCAUUUGCUGAUCUACACGUCGAAGGUUUAACAUCUUCGGAUGCCAUGAACGGUGGGAACUUCUCCCUUCACGGGUCAAGUCGAGCCGGUUCUCCGAUCCAUGGAGAUGGGAAGCGUUCGCAGCUCGAACUAUUCCCAGCCGGAAAUCCGCCGCAAUCCGCCAAUGCUUCACCGUUGCCAUCACCGAGCAAAUCACCAGCAAGGACGCCAAUGGCGAGACAACCAUGUUGCACGGCUCUAUACGAUUUUAUACCUGAGAAUGAGGGAGAACUUGGAUUCAAGGAAAAUGAAACGAUCACCCUGAUUCAAAAGAUCGAUGAAAAUUGGUAUGAAGGUAGCUUAAAUGGACGCAAAGGAUACUUCCCUGUGACUUACGUUCAAGUCGUAGUACCGCUUCCCUAAAAUUAAGCGGAUAACUUGACUUACCAAAGAGAGACCCUUGCAAAGUCGUUCGCUAGCGUCUAUUAAUCACGACAAAUUAUUAAUAAUAAUAAUUGUUAUUAUUAUGUCUCUCUCUCUCUCCCCCCCUUUCUCUCUCUCUCUCUCUCUUUCUUUCUCUUUCUCUCUUCUUCAAUUUAGCAUAGAAUUACACCAAAAGAGAUUAGAAAAGGUAUUAUCUAUUGCAUUAUUGUUAUGAUUUAACGAGCCUUUUCUUAAACGAUCCUCAAAAAAGUGUUUCUAUCUCUAUCCCCAUCCUUGACUAUAUUUCUAACUCUAUUUCUGUCUCUUUCUUUCCCUCUUAUAUCCCAUUUGUUCUCUCUCUCUCUAUCUAUCUCUCACUUCCUCUUUCUUUUUUUCCAAGAAUAGCCUCAAUUAUACGCAUGUUAAUAAUGUACAUAUAUAUAACGUUAUAAUAGUGUCUUUUAUCGACAUUAAGAAGGACCUUCGCGCGCCCAGACGAACACGGGAUACAUUCUCACAAAGUAUAUAUAUAUAUAUAUAGAUUUACGCAGAUACGUUAUUACACACGCUAUUAACUAAACACCGAUCAUUCAUAUACAUACAUACAUACAUACAUACGUACAUACAUAAAUGCAUGCAUUUAUGAAAGUACCUACUACGGUAUAGUCCACUGCGAUGGGGGCGGUUAUCUAUCUAUCUCCUUCAUUUUCUUUACAUUCAUUUUAUCUCUCAUAUCUGUCCUCGUAUUCUCAACGAUAAUACAAAAUAAUAAUAAUAAUAAUUAUUAUUUCCAAAAAAAUAGAACAAUUUCAAAAUAACUCCCGCGAUUCGACCGCACAAAAAAAUCAUUCUCGUUGGUCAUUCGUAGAUUUCAUCAUUUGUUUCGUGAAUAAAUUUAUCUAUUUUAUUCUUUCGAGAUCAUCGAUCAUGUCAAAAAUAGAUUUCAUUCGUUUUCAUUCUAUUCAUUUUAUUUAUUUAUUUUUCAUUAUCAUCGAAAAAUUUCGUAUGGCUUGCGUUGGUCCAUGUCAAUGCAAAAGAAAAAAAUUAUAUCGUUGAUAUAAGAAAAAAGAAAGAAGAAAUUGAAUUGAAAAUUUUUUCAUUUGCAUUUAAUGACACUUUACCUCCGUAGUAUUUUUCUUAUUUUCUUUUUCCUUUCAUCUUUUAAAUAUCAUUCCCUAAUGUCCUUUGUCCUCCCUAAUCCUAUCUUUUUCUUUUUCUUCUUCUUCUUUCUAAUUUUUUCCAUUCUCUCUCUUCUCGUAAGUCGAUUGAAACCCUUCUUCCUCGAUCGUUUAGCACGACCUUUUUUGUAAUAAUCCUUUUUGUAGAAGACGUGUUUAAACA